CUUUACGUUACAUUGAAAUAGACCUUAAUAGGAAAAAAAGAUCAAUUUAAUUGCACAUUUAAAGGAACACGGUACUACAACUCUUUUGUCGUAUGACAGCAGCCAUAAGGAAAGCCAUAAAAACGGUUUGAUGUAGUCCUUUCUUUUUCUUUUUUCUUUUACUUUAAACACAUACACACUCCUUUCUUUUUUUCUUUUUUUGAGCUAUUAUACCAACAUGCUCAUUACUAAAUCCAUUGUCUUCAUUGCAGCUGCUUCUCAAGUCUAUGCGGCAGCCAUCCAAAAGCGUGGCUACGCACCUCAAUUCAAGCCCACAUUCCCUAAUCUUCCCAAAGUAGAAGGUGUUGUCACUAGCUAUAACCCAGGUCCUUACGACACUUCUGCUACCUUAUCUACUGCUCAAUUGAGUGGUUUCCCUGAGCCUUGGGCUGCUCCUCCUACUGAUACCGCUGAAGUCAAGGCUGUCUAUAACCAAAUUGACUGGUCAUUAGUUCCCAAAGCGCCUGUUCGAAAGCAAGAUUCGGAUGGUAACUGGGUCUCUAAUUCAGACGGUGCUUCUGACCCCUAUUGUUGGUGGUCUUCUACCAAUUGUGUCAAACCUAAGGCUUCUUACUUGCCCCCUGACAUCUAUACUUGUCCUCGUUCUGGUGAUUGGGGUCUUAAUUACGAUGAUGGACCCUUCAAUCGAUACACUGACUCAAAUGCAAAGACCGAAAAUCCUUAUGCUGAGCCUGCUCUUUAUAACUUCUUGGCCAAGAACAACCUUCAUUCUACCCUCUUUUACAUUGGUUCCAAUGUCGCUACUUUCCCUGCUGCUGCUAAGCGUGGUUUGAACGAUGGCCACCAUCUUUGUGUUCAUACAUGGUCUCAUCCUCCUAUGACGACUCAAACCAACAAGCAAGUAGUUGCUGAAUUGUAUUGGACUUUGAAGGCCAUCAAGACUGCUACUGGUGUUACUCCUAAAUGCUGGAGACCCCCUCAAGGUGACGUAGAUGACCGUGUUCGUUCCAUUGCCUGGCAAAUGGGUCUUAGAACUGUCAUCUGGGACGAAGAUACGAAUGAUUGGGCCAUGAAGGCACCUGGAGGCGGUAACCUUUCUCCUCAUGUCGUUGAUGGCUACUUUGAAAAAUGGAUCAGCAACUACAAGUCUGGUAAAGACAAGAAGGGUCAUAUUGUCCUUGAACACGAAUUGAACCAUGCUACCGUCAAUAUGUCCAUGUUCUGGAUGCCUAAGCUUCAAGAGACUUUCAAUGUUAUUCCUGCCUUGGCUUGUAAUGGUAUCACUCAACCUUACUGGGAAGAAAACUUUGUUUAUCCUACGGAUAACUCUGGUGCUCCUACCACCAAGACAACGACAGCUGGUGCCAAAACAACCACCACUACUGCUGCUGCUAGUACUCCUACUUCUUCUACCUGUACUUCUGGUUCU